AUGUCAGACAAUCCAUUAAUGAAAUUCAUGAUAAACCUUUUCGCUCCUGUCCAAGUUAAGAAACCCGUACCAACCCUUCCCACCGAAUGUAUGUAUCAAGUAUUUCAACACCUCGUUGAUCAAGGAGAAGCGUUGCACCCAUUUUUACUCAUAAACCGUUAUUGGUGUCGCAACGUAAUCCCUUUUUUAUGGGCUCGUCCAUUUGAUAAUUUUACUCUUGAGAACCCUGAGAAUAUGUACAAAAUCAUGUCAGUUUACCUUUCAUCACUCAAUGAUGCCGAAAAAGCUGACCUUAAGGAUCUAUUAAUUAAAAAUUCUUAUGACACCGAUUUUAUAUCUGAAUUAUUAAACCAAAAAAAAACAUUAUUCAACUAUCCUAUGAUGUUACAAGAACUUUCAAUUGUGAAAUUGGAGAUGGCUGUACAAUCUUGGAUUCACAGAUGCGCUAUUGAAUUCGAGCUUUCUCCUCUUCUCGAAAUCACACCAGCUCUCGGAUUUAUAGGAUUAUCAAAUAUUACAAAACUCGAAAUUGAUUAUUCCCAACAACCAAUGUUGAAAAACACUAUAAAUUUAAUGAAAACAAUUCCAAAAUUAUGUAGAAGAAUUCAAACUUUGAAUAUCAAGCUCCCGAUGUUCGAAAGUAAUCCUGAUGUAGUAGAAGCAAUAGUAUCAAUUAUAACUACUCAGAAUAGAUUAAAAGAAUUUAGUUUAGAGGGUGUGGAAAAUGAAAAUGAUUCCCAAGUUAUCAUUCAUGCAUUACAAUCCCAAGUUAGUUCAUUAACCUCCGUAGAAAUAGACAGAGUCAACAUCACGACAUUGUCACUGUACGCUUUGGCUAAAUGUACGAACUUGGAAAAUCUUAAAAUAUCGAAUUGUCGAAAACUCACGGUCCAAGACAUGACAAAUACUGUAACAACGACUCCCUCGACUGUUGAUGAAUUGUGGAAUUUAAUCAAAUUUGAGAAUUUAAAGAAAUUACAUAUUACGAAAUUACAAAGGAAUGCCAUAAUUUAUUCCUUGAUAAUUCAAGCUGCUGGAAAGUCCUCCUUACGGGAAUUAACAAUGGACAUAAUAACGCAGGAUACAAUUAAUUCUAUGAUCGAGAAUUGUUCAAAUCUCACGCAUCUUACCCUCAUAGAUUAUUGUCCGUCCCUUCAUGACCAUUUGUUAAGCUCUUUAUUCCAAACAUUACAAAACGUCACUCACUUAACUAUUCAAACACCAUCCAAAUCUCAUCCUAUUUUGGCUUCCGAAUCCACUAUCAUUUCAGGAAAAUCGCUUCCUUCUUCGCUCACAUAUUUAAGACUUCAAUGUGGAUUUAAAUUGGAUGCAUUGUUAAGUGAUUGUCAAGCGAAAUUAAAAGUAUUGAUUGUUGACGUUGUUAAAACUUUGUAUAUGGAUAUGAAGGUGAUUACAAGUUUUAUUAAAGGACAAUCAGGGUCUUCGGUAAAGUAUCUUGGAGUUGGAAUUGGAGGUGAAACCAGAUGGAAUGGCAAAGUGGUAAAAGAGUUGGAAGAGUUGAAAGAAAAUUUUGGUGUUUGUGUUAUUCCUUCGUACGAAUUUGAAAAAUGGUAG